AUGAACAAGAGAAAGCCCAGGAAGAAGAAGAAGAAGAAGAAGAAGAAGAAGAAGAAGAAGAAGAAGAAGAAGAAGAAGAAGAAGAAGAAGAAGAAGAAGAAGAAGAAGAAGAAGAAGAAGAAGAAGAAGAAGAAGAAGAAGAAGAAGAAGAAGAAGAAGAAGAAGAAGAAGAAGAAAGAGUCAGUCUGUCAGCCCUAA